UUUUUGAUGGGGAGUCAGGGGGAGGAAGGUAGCAGGGAAGAAGGCUGGAGAAAGGUCGAGCAAGAUUCUGAAUGCCAGAUUCAGCGUGUCAGCUGGGGCCAGGGACAGAGGCAGUGGGAUGUCUCCCCUGGGACUGGGACCUUGGGGAUCUGAAGGUCCAGGCUGGAAGUGUCUGGAGAGGGAGGAAUGGGGAAGGAAGCCUUCAUACGGGGAGCCUGCUUGGAGGGAAUGCUGGGGAGAGUGGCUCCUGAGAAGAGGUCCACCCGGCUCAGAGAGGAGGGCAGUUGGCUUUCUGGGAAGUAGAUAGAGAAAGCCAGCCUUGGCGGCCGCUGUUGGUGACAAUUAGAAAGUUGUGCAGGGGGCAGGGCGCUGGCUGCCUUCUCUGCUGAGUAACCAGUGUCUCCGCGGUGCGGUGCGGUGCGGACGCCAGACCCCAUCGGAGCCAGCCGAGCAGCUGGCAACCGCUCUCCUGCGCUGCCAGGAGCGCACGGUGCCUGGGGAAAGGAAACCGGGCGCUUGGAGACAAGAUCAAGGAGGACCGGAGACAGUCUCCCUGGGGCUACUAGCUCUGGCCAGCUUGCUUGCCGGCAGUCGCUCCCUCUGUCUUUGGCUGGAGCGCUCACUCCUUCCAGCGCCAGGGAGCAGUUGGGGUGGCGUGGGCUCUUGUCCUCGUCUUGGCUGGUGGGAACAGUGUGUCCAACAGAGGAAGCCUGGUGGGCCUGGCCCCUCUCAGCCCAGCGCCGAUGAGUGCCAGGGCGCCGAAAGAGCUGAGGCUGGCCCUGCCGCCCUGUCUCCUCAACCGGACCUUUGCUUCCCACAACGCCAGUGGAGGCGGCAACGCAGGUGUCCGCACCUCGGGCGCAGGUGGUGGCACCUGCAUCACGCAGGUGGGACAGCAGCUCUUCCAGUCUUUCUCAUCCACGCUGGUGCUGAUUGUCCUGGUCACUCUCAUCUUCUGCCUCAUCGUGCUGUCCCUCUCCACUUUCCACAUCCACAAGCGUAGGAUGAAGAAGCGGAAGAUGCAGAGAGCUCAGGAGGAAUACGAGAGGGAUCAUUGCAGCGGCAGCCACGGUGGUGGUGGUGGUGGUGGUGGUGGUGGGCUGCCCCGGGCAGGUGUUCAAGCCCCAACCCAUGGAAAAGAAACCCGGCUGGAGAGACAGCCCCGGGACUCCGCCUUCAGCACCCCCUCCAAUGCCACCUCUUCCUCCUCUUCAUCCCCUGGUCUCCUGGGCCAGGGCCCUUGUGCGCCUCCUCCUCCACCGCCAGCCCCCAGUCCACACGGAGCACAGGCAGCUUCCUCCUGCUCGGACACUGCUGGCGAGGGCCUUUUGCAAACGGUGGUACUGUCCUGAUUGUGUAGCCCUCUCCUGACCCCUUCCUCGUUUCCAGCAUCUUUGCCAUCCUGGCUUUUGUUCCUCCUUUCUUCCUUUUCCGUUUCCCUCCGGUCCCUCUUUCCUCUGCCCUCGUCCCCCACCUGCCCACCCUUUUACUGUUUCUCCUCCGCCGAGGCACUGUGCGGUAUUUGUAAAUAUUGGGCGAGGAAAGUCUCAGAGGAAGAAAUAACGCUGAUAAUACUUCAUCGAUAUUUAUAGUAAUUAUUAUACUAUUAAUAACACAGUCCAAGCGCAUGACAAAUCACAUCAUUUCUCAUCGUCAAUGAUGGCUGCAUCUUCCCUCUCCACCCCGUGCCCCCCUCAGUAAGGAGGAGAAACCGCACAAGCUACCAAAUCUAUAAAAGACAUGAACACAGGAGCCAAGGGAGGGGAGGGGGCCGGUGAUGUUGUAUAUAGCUGUCAAGUGAAGGUUUAGUCGCCUUUCUGCCCCUCCCCCACGGGCUUUCACCUUUCCUUUAGCUUCUCCCGCCCCCGCCCCCUCCUCACCUUCAGCUGGGCUCAGGCAUUAGUAUAUUAUAAAGGAAACAUUUACAUGAAGCACCAGAGACCACAGAGAAUGUCCCAGAAAAAUGUUCAGGACAGGUAACCCCUCUCUAGUCAGUCAUCUCUUCACUCUUUGGUUUCCCUGGGCAGAGUUAGUUUACUUUUAGAAAUAUCUCCCUGGACGAGCCGCAAAAAAAAAAAAAAAACCAAAACAAAACAAAAACCAUACUGUAUGCUUCUGCUCGCCCACCCCCUUCCGCCCGGCCCCACUUGCACACUUGAUUGGUGGCAGGGUUUUAUUAUUUGUUUAUUCAUCUAUUGAUUUCUUUAUUUUUGAGCCUCAGAGACAUCGGGAGCUGUCCAGCCAUGUCUGGUGCUGAAUAUGUCUCGCCCUCACGCUUACUUCCUCUGGCUGUGCAGGCCAAAGAAGGAGCUGUUUUGGAAAGUGAUUGUCUUGGUUUUGAUUGGUUUCUUCUUUUUUCUACAAUUGGAUUAGUGUGUACUAUUGUUUUGCUUAUUAUUAAACAUUGCAUAAGUUACCUUUAUGUAAAAAAAAAAGUAUUAGGUAAUGUGCAGUUCUGAAAAUGCAGUAUCUAACCAAGCAGUAUGUUUCUGUUUUAUUUUUAGAACAAGUGCACCUUUGUUAUAUACUUAUUAUAUUGGUACCAAAUACAGAAGAAAACCAUAGUUCUGUGAUAUGUCCUCCAAACUGUAUAUUCUUGUUCUGACUUUCCAGCUGUUGAUACAAUGGUUGCCACUGGCUGAGGAAGUCAGUGGUACAGGCCUGGCUUCUGUUUCCGGAAGUGUUCUUUUGUAUUUUACUCUGUAGUAGACUAUUAUAAAAAGAUGACACUCACGUUUCCCUUUUUCUUUUGUGAAUAACAGAAACGGCCACACCAGAAUAGAAGGAAUGGAUGUGCAGGAAUGCCAUCUAUUAAACCCUGGUUAAUAUUUCAACAGUGCCUGUAGUUCUCUGCAUGCAGUUACCACCUGGAGGCAGUGGUGUGUGUGUUUGUACUGUAUGUGUUGGGGGAAAGUCUGGUGGAGAUGUUGGGCAAUUUGGAUGACGGGACAUGCAAAUUUCCAAGGUAAAUCAGUAAAUGCUUACAGGAUAAAAAUGUUUACAGUUUGUUUAGUUACAACUCUGUGCCUGUAUCUGAUAUACAGCAAUGGAGGAUCUCGCUUCUUUCUAAGUCUGGCCUAAUUAGCCUCCCUGAACACAUAGAAAAUGUUGAGGAAAAAAGAAAGCCAGAGAGAAGGUAAAUCUUUUGUCUUCUCUUCAAAAGUCAGAUAAACUCAUCUAUGUUAGACUCUGCUGCUGGGUGUAAGGCAGUGGGACCCUCACAAAAAUUCCUCUCCCAAGCCACUAGCUGCCCUCAGUUCUCUGUUUUGUUUCAAGUUGUAUGUGCUUAUUAUCCAGAGAAACUAUUGCCUCUAAUGUUUUUUGUUAUUAUGAAGUUUCCCAAGCUCAGUCCGUAUCUUUAUAAAAUAAGUUAAUAAGGUUGAUUUCAGUCACCCAUCAGAUAUCAUCUGAGUCCUUUUCUGAAGCACAGGCCAUCAUUUAAGCAUGCCAUGUUGUAUCAUUAGGAAGAUCAGGUAUAAUCUUUGGAUACAAUAUAUUAACAAUGAAUCAGAUUCUCUCCAGUGCCUUAGUCACUUCCUAGUAACAGGUCUGAGUGCAUUCACUCCCUCAGGCUACCAGGGAACCCAUCAGUGUAACUGAGCUCCACAUUGUACAACAGAAUGGCUAAGGCACUGUGAAGGAGAAUGUCCAUCAAUCUCUUUAACUUACCCUCAUCCACCUAUAGCUCUUAACACCUUCUUACAGAAUGGGUUUUGAAUGUGAAAUCUGAAUAGAAUUAGGAACCCAGAAAGAAGGAAGUUCCAUCAUCUCAAUGAGCUCUACUUAAGUGCAUAGAUAUUACUUUCUUCCCAUUAUUUGGUGCACUUUUUUUUUACAGUAAAUAAUUUCCCAUUUUAUUAAAGCAAUAAAAUAUUCUGUUUUGAGUAGUGCUAGAUGCUGAUUCCACUUCCUUGGUGCUGAAGCGACUCAUGUGUUCUUGCCUUAUGAAUCACAGUGCAUUCAAGGCAUGCAAUAAUAAUCCCCUUCCAAGAAGCAGCCUGUACACCCUAGGGGGCAAUGUCCUAUAUACUUUUCCCAAAAGAGAUAGAGGGAACAAGAAAUAAGCUAAUUGUGUGUAUUUUAAAAAAAUCUUGAUACCUCUAACCAUAAGCACACAUCUGUAAUGUGCUAUCAUAGUGCACCUUAAGUGUUUAUGCCUUUCCCCAUCAAUUGACUAGGGUUUAAUAUUUUAAUAGUGUCCUGUGUAAAGAUGAUGCAGCUUGUCAAUCAUGUUUCAUACUGAGUUUAAUAUGCUGUGAACCUGGUGGUGUCACACAAGAUUUCUGUGAGCUAGAAUGAGAAUUACAUGAAAUUCUAGUAGAUCAGAUCCCACACCAAAUUAUUGCAAUAAGCAUAUGACAAUGCAAAUUUCUAUAGGCUCUGUUUAGAUUGCUACUUAGUGAACUCAGCUGACCCAUAUGACAUUCAAGAUUUCAUUUUUAUGAAACAAACGGCAAUAUGGAAAUAGCUAAAUUUACUCUAAGGAUUUUAUUUACCGAUGUCCAGUCAAACUAAUUGCUUCAACCCUCUAUAGCUACAGCUCAGCUCCUGCACUUGCUAUUCAGUAUUAAUAAGGUAGCAUGCUUGACUCUUACUGUUUUAAGACAUGAGAAAAUAAGAGAAAGAGAAUGCCAAUAUGUCAACUGUAUGGGACUCUGACUCUUGAAGAUGUAGAUGGAUAUAAUCUUUAGAAUUUAUAUACACCCAUAGAUAUGUAUUUAUAUAUGCAUACAUUUUGUACAAAUUUACAAUGGACUUUUUGUAUUCUCUUUUCUGUCAUUAUAAGUAUGAGACUGAAACCAAAUAGUUGUUCCAUCCUCUGAUCCGGAGAGGAUCUGAGAAGUCAGGUAAAUGCAUGUACUUGUUUCUUUGGGGUCAAAUAGGAAUGACUUUCUCUUUAUUUAAUGGAAGGGGAGAGUCUUCCUCGGCUUGGGAAAUUGGUAAUUAGAUAAGCUUCCUUUCCUAUAUUAGUGACUCAAAUGUAGCAACGAUAAUGAAGUUAUGACCAUAUCAAUAUGGUCCAGCUAUCUAGGUGGAAUAAAAAAUCUAUCUAAAAGAUCUUUGGAGACAUCUAGACCAUAAUCAUGGAUUGCAAUUUGAUUUUUCUUUUCCUUUUUCAACAUAUAUGUUGUAUGAGAUACAACAUAUAUCUGCAUAUUUAAAGGUAAAAUGAAAAUAUAACUAUUAUCUGUUUAGUUUGACAAGUAGCUUUUGGAAAAUAUGGACGAUUUAGCUUUAAACAUUACUUUGGUAUUUGACCUUUUCUCCCUUCCUAUCUGUAUCCAUGGAAUUGAUUAGACAAUGACUAAAACUUCUUCUUUUUCAAUGCAUAGACAUAGGCUUUAAGUGCUUUUCUGUUGAUAAUGGCUAAGAAAUUACUAACAGAUAUUGCUAAGAGUUGGGUUUGGCUAAACCAGGAACUUUACUAUGGCUUCUGAAGUCCACUCCCAGGUGAAUCUAGGCUUUAAUCUGAAAAGCCACGUGUUGGUGUGUGAAAGCAGGGGCUGCAGCUCACAGAUAUCACAGUUCAUGUGAGAAUGAAUUGCCCCAUCUACACAAGAAGAUAUUUCAUCCCUGGGAUGAAUAGAAAUCUGAUUCUGGUUUGUUUUUCUUUCGCUUAUGUGUACUAUUUGAGAAGCAGAUAUUCUGGCUUGGCAUCAAUGCUUAUCAAUGCCACCAACCCAAUGGUACCACUGGUGCCAUGGAGGAAUGCUUAGUAGAGAAUAAGGAUUGACUUAGCUUUAAUUGGGGACAAUGAAUUAUUCCAAUUUUUUUUUAACCUAUGAGGCUAUUUCCCCGAGACGUGUGGUCUCCCAGGAUUGCUGCUGUAGAGAGGUUAACAACAGUGACAGCGCCCACAGGCAAACUGACUUUUGAACUUGAGUAUAUCCAAUAGAUAGAAUAAAACAGGUACUAGAAUUCAUGAAAAAUUUGUUUUGCUUUUAUAUCAAUAAAAGAGUUUUCUUGUUAA